AUGCCCACAACGAGCUCCGGGACGGCUGCGAGCCUCCUUGCAAAUCGUCUCGCGGCGAACUGCAGCAUCUCGGCCGUCGAAACAAGCAUCGCGGGGCUGCAGGACGACAUGGUCGCUGCGGUCUGCCGCGUGCUCGCCGGCGACCCGCUCUCUCCGGAGGCGGCGCUCGCGUUCGCCUCCACGUGCCGCUCGGUGAGGCGCGCGGUGGCGCCGGUCCUCGCCGAGGCGAGGCGGUGGCGCGCGCGCGCUGGCGUGCUCCUCAAGGAGGCGCACAGCGGCGCACCCUCUCUUCGCGGCGGCCAAAGCUGCGACGACCUCACGAGCACGCAGCAGCUGCGGCUGGCCACGGGCCUCGUCUUUGGGGACGCCGUCGUUGCGGAUGCGAGCAACUGCGCGACGCUGGCUCACCUGAUCGGCCGCCGCUCCCUCGACGGCCUCGAGGAGCUGCGAAUCGAACGGGCGGCCGACGGGCGCGACUGGCGGCCGAUCUGCUCCGCCCUGCGCGGCGGCGCGCUGCCCAAGCUCGCCUUCCUCGACCUUGGCAACAAUUCUCUCGGCGACGCGUUUUGCGCCGCGCUCGCCGACGCCCUCUCUGCUGACCCGGCCGCGGUCCUCCGCUGCGUCUCGCGCCUCACCCUCAGCGCCAACCGGAUCGGCUGGGACGCGGGCGCAGAGGCGAUGGCGGCUCGCGGCAAGCUGGGCAC